CCAGUUGUUCCCCUCCCGUCACAUCCCCACAAGUCACAAACGAUAGCGCAGGAAGGAAAGAUAGAGUGUGUCCAAGUCUGAGUCAGUUAUAGAGAAAGAGAGAGAGAGAGAGAGAGACAGAGAGAGAGAGAGAGACUGCUUAGUAGAAUGCCUGCAUACGCCACAAACAUGAGGCUGAAGUUUCCCAUCCUGGCUCUGAUUCUGGAGAUAAUCACUAUCAUUCUGUUUGCUAUGUUUGUGGUUUAUGAAGAUGGCAAACCAGCACACCAUGCUACUCUUGACAACUCCACACAUGAAGAGUUGCUGCCAAUGAACCUCUAUCCCAUGUUCCAGGAUGUCCAUGUGAUGAUCUUCAUUGGAUUUGGCUUCCUGAUGACCUUCCUGAAGAGAUAUGGCUUCAGUAGUGUUGGAGUCAACCUGCUCUUGGCUGCCUUCGGCCUGCAGUGGGGCCUGCUCAUGCAGGGCUUCUGGCACAUGGACAACGGAAAGAUCAAAGUCUCAGUUGAGAAGAUGAUCAAUGCGGACUUCAGCACGGCAACAGUUCUUAUCUCUUUCGGGGCUGUGUUGGGCAAAACCAGUCCGGUCCAGCUUCUUAUUAUGACUAUCCUGGAGAUCACCAUCUUUUCUAUCAACGAGCACAUCGUGGUCCAGAUCUUGGGGGCCAAUGAUGUUGGAGCCUCCAUGAUCAUCCAUGCCUUCGGGGCCUACUUUGGCUUGGCGGUGGCUCGCAUGCUGUACCGGCCAGCCCUCAGAAACGGCCAUGAAAACGAUGGGUCUGUCUACCACUCUGACCUGUUUGCCAUGAUUGGAACCGUCUACUUGUGGAUGUUCUGGCCGAGUUUCAACUCAGCCAUUGCUGAACCCGGACUAACUCAGCUCAAGGCUGUGGUCAACACCUACUUCUCCCUGGCUGCCUGUGUACUGUCUGCCUACGCUAUCUCCAGCCUUGUGGAGCACAAAGGGAAGCUGGACAUGGUCCACAUUCAAAAUGCCACGCUGGCCGGUGGUGUUGCCGUGGGGACCUGUGCUGACAUGGACAUCGAGCCUUUUGGUGCCAUGCUGAUUGGACUCCUGGCUGGCAUUAUCUCCACUGUGGGCUUCAAGUACCUCACUCCCAUCCUCGCAUCCAACCUGGGCAUCCAGGACACGUGUGGCGUCCACAAUCUCCACGGCAUGCCUGGCAUCCUGGGGGGUCUGGCUGGCAUUGUGGCGGUGGCUCUGGGAAAGAAGGAAGGGGGCACGGCUACAAUGCAGGCAGCAGCCCUGGCCUCGUCUCUCGGCUUCGCUCUGGUGGGAGGGGCCAUCACAGGUCUGAUAAUGAAGCUUCCAUUCUGGGGACAGCCUCCAGACCAAAACUGUUUUGAUGACUCAAUCUAUUGGGAGGUACCUGAGGAAGAGGAUGAGAAUGAGGAGAGCCUGGCUCACGGAGACCAUUCCAAAAACAAAGCUGAAGUGUAAAGUUCUGAGCUGUGAAAGGGAGGCAUUGUUUACCAGAACAAAUAUUCCAGCAAUAAUCAAUGCCAAGUAUUAUAGGGCAUCCUUAACAUUUUGAAGUAACACUGUGUCUUUGGCUCAGGCUAAGUCACUGCAACUCUCCUCUUCAACCACAUUUAGCAGAGAAAUGUAAUGUUCCACUUUUUGUGUAACCAUACAGUGUAUAACCUUCUUGUCCACUAAGUUGGAUUGAAUUUGUACAGAAUUUGGUUUUGGAGUCACAGUGUAUUAUUCUAAAAUACAUGAUAAUAUAUUAUGACAUAUCAUUGUGUAUUAUUUGAUCUCCAUAGGGCUGUGAUAUAAUAACAAAUACAUUUCUCCCCUAUGAGAAACCUUGUUCACACAAACACAUUUCAAACUUGCAAUUAUAAGAUGAUUCUAUGCUAUGAUUUAAACCUGACACAAAGUGUGUAUUGGUUUUUCACAUAUUUUGUUUCAACAAAGCAAUAUUAUUGAUCCAUUCAUUUGAAUUGACUCAACUGCCUUUCUUCUUUUCUCAAAAUGGUGAAAAAGGUUGUUUUCAGGGAUUUUAUACACUGAAUUUGAUUUAAUUUACCAUCGUGAGCCACUGUGCAAAUGUUAAGUAGUUGACGAGUCAAUCACAUGAAAACAUUUUAUAGUUUUUUUGUGUAGGUUCUGCCAUUUACAUGUGUAUCUAUUGUAUCUAUGUCAUUUUUUGAUAACAAAAAUGUGUGACCAUGUCAAACCAACUGACAGAAUCCAUCCAGACUUUCGUUACGUGGAGAGAAUUAACUGACUACAGUCUGCAGAGGCAGGUUACCUCGCUAAAAGCUCAUUCCUGAGAGUCUGUGAUCCUACACCGGUGCGACAAGCCUGUGGGUCUUGCAUGGACCCCUGAGCUGGUCAAGAAAAAAAUCCUGUUUAUACUACUUAUGCAUGUGAAUACCACAGUGGCUCUACUUUCCAAUACUCCAGUUUUCAUAAUAUGAAGCAACGUAUUCACAUCAGAAGUUGCAUUCAUACUCUCACUGAGAUUCAAACUUUUGAUGACCUAUGGUGUAAUAAUUUCUGUAUAGUAUGUAUAACAUGGAUAUAGUACAUUUUUCUAGACACUGCAAAGUACUAUAAGUGGGUGCUGGCUGUAACAGAAAUUAUUGGCUUGAUUGGAUGUCAUAAACCAUAAUCUGAGGGCAGUUCAGGAUGAAGCUACAGAUAGAUAGGUUCAUAGUGUUUUUUUUGUUCUCACAGUUAAGUAUGAGUGAUUUAGAAUUGGAGCUUUGAAUGUGCUUGCAAAUACUUUUUAUCUAGCUAUACAAUAUUAGUAUUUUGUUAAAGAAAAUCGGUAUAACUCUGUAUAUACAGUAUACAAUAGUAAUACAAUCAUUCAUAAAUAUGUUUUUAUAUUAA